AUGCGUGAUGUCGCCUCUGCCCUGCGUUCUGGUCUCAAAGAUACGUUGUUCUGCUCUGCGAGGAUCGAGUACCCGCUUCCCCGGCUGCACGGUGAUCUGGCUGAUAUGUGCCGGGAGAGGCGCGAGAACAGGUCCAGCACAAGGUUAACUCACUUUUUCAUCAGUAUCGACUCAGCAACAGACCAUCUAGGCUCGCCGAUGAAAACCUUUCUUUGA